UUCCUUUUCCAAUCUUCAAUAAUUUUCUCCAAAUUCCCAACCUUUCUCCCUUCUUUUCAACUCUUGAUUCAUUACUAGCUUCAUUCCACUACCUUCACCCAACAAAAAUCGCAAGAUCUAUCUACACAAACUCUCAACUCUUUUCCAUUUUCCCCCGUCUUAUGGGUAACAAAGUUAAACUUGGAAGUCAGUGAUUCCCAAAAAAAAAAAAUGACCCUACCCCACUAAUGUUAUGAUAAUCUGGAACCUUUGGCACGCAAGAAAAAAGCUGUCAUACGCUAUACUGUUAUUGUUCCUUCAUUAUUAUUAUUAUUAUUAUUUUUAUUUCUAUUUCUAUUUUUGUUUUCCAUUUUUUGUUUGUGUAUCGGCUUCAUAAAGGGGAUUAGUUUCUAAGGGCCCUGAAAAAUUCAACCUGGAACACAUGGGGUACCUCAAUUCAGUUUUGACAUCUUCAAGUCAGGUUCAUGCAGCAGAAGAUUCACCUGUGAGUGGUGGAGGACUCAGUCAGAAUGGAAAAUUCAGCUACGGGUAUGCUAGCUCUCCGGGCAAGAGAUCUUCAAUGGAAGAUUUUUAUGAGACUAGAAUUGAUGGUGUGGAUGGUGAAAUUGUUGGCCUUUUUGGAGUUUUUGAUGGUCACGGUGGUGCUCGUGCUGCCGAGUAUGUCAAACAACACCUAUUUAGUAAUUUGCUCAGACAUCCAAAAUUCAUUUCUGACACCAAAUCUGCAAUAGCUGAUGCAUAUAACCACACCGACUCUGAAUUUCUGAAAUCAGAAAAUAACCAAAACAGAGAUGCUGGAUCAACUGCUUCCACUGCCAUUCUAGUUGGUGACCGUUUGCUCGUUGCUAAUGUCGGGGACUCUAGAGCUGUUAUAUGCAGGGGUGGAAAUGCCAUUGCUGUUUCUCGAGAUCACAAGCCGGACCAAACGGACGAGAGGCAAAGGAUUGAAAAUGCUGGUGGCUUUGUUAUGUGGGCUGGAACCUGGAGAGUUGGUGGCGUUCUUGCCGUUUCUCGUGCUUUCGGUGAUAGACUUCUGAAACAGUAUGUUGUUGCUGAUCCAGAAAUCCAGGAAGAAAAAGUUGAUAGCUCUCUCGAGUUUCUUAUCUUGGCCAGUGACGGGCUAUGGGAUGUUGUCUCCAACGAGGAAGCUGUUGCAAUGAUAAAGAAAAUAGAUGAUGCAGAGGAGGCGGCAAAGAAGUUGAUGCAAGAAGCAUAUCAGAGAGGUAGUUCCGACAACAUUACUUGUGUUGUGGUUCGUUUCUUGACGAACCAAGGCGCUUCUUCUGGUACUAGCACUGGCUAAAGCGUCUCUUGGACACAAAGGGUAGUGCAUAGUUGGUAGUUGGUGCAGUGGAGAUGUGACAAAUGGCAAAAUCUGUUCUAUCAUAUUUUGAUCAUAGGCAUAUUCCAUUUUAGCUGUGUGCCAUGCAAGAAUUAGAAAAAUUAAUUUGAAGACUCACCUACUAUGGUCCUCUAGCAUAGAUAUUUUAUUUCAGAAUUUCUUACUUCCACAAUUGAUUCGUAUUUGUAGCUAGGAGAGAUUGUUGUGUAAAAAGUGUGGACAGAGUUUUAAUUGCACACACAAACACACGCGUUGUAUGUAAAUUUGGUGUCUGAUCUUGCUGCUGAUCCCCUUUAUUCUCAAACAUAUAAAGAAAAAUAUCAUGUUAAGAAUCUUUUCGAUCGGUUAA